UUUUGGAUCUUUUCUUGUAUGAAUGACAUGAAAGACAAACAAAGAAGUGGUAAACAGUAUGUAAUAGGGACAACAUCUUUAUUAAAUAGUGUGGCAUGAAACUGAACCGGACAAACUGUGAAAAUGAAGCUCCGCCCCUCACAUGACUCACCGGAGAUAAAACAGGGAAGCAGGCACACAUACACACACACAAUAGUUGUGUGUGAGUUUUAACUUCAGAUAAAAAACACUACUUCUACUGAGAGAGAACAUCUACAAGAAGGAGUUCUGGGAAUACUGGAAUACUACACUUCAACCAGCUGCUGAAACCACAAACUGAAUGUGAGUUUUAUAAGAACAAAGACUCAAAGUGAAAGUAACUUUCAGGGAAAAGUUGAAGUGGCUGAGCUGUCUGUCUGCUGUGUUUCCGUCUUCACUCGGAGACUAAAUGGCUUCCAGAUCAGAGGAGGAUCUCUGCUGUCCGGUCUGUCAAGAUGUCUUUAGAGAUCCUGUUGUUCUGUCAUGUAGCCACAGCUUCUGUAAGGACUGUCUGGAGAGAUGUUGGAGAGAGAAACCAACACAGGAGUGUCCACUUUGUAGGAAAAGAUCCUUGUCUAAACCACAUGAUAGCCUGGUGUUGAAGAACCUGUGUGAGGCCUUCAUACAGGAGAGAGAUCAGAGAUCUUCAGAGGCUCUCUGCAGUCUGCACUCUGAGAAACUCAAACUCUUCUUUCUGGAUCAUCAGCAGCCAGUGUGUCUUGUCUGCAGAGAUUCAGAAAAACACACCAAUCACAGAUUCAGACCCAUCAGUGAAGCUGCACGACAACACAAGAAGGAACUUCAGGAAACUUUGGAGCCCUUAAAGGAGAAGUUAAAGGGUUUUGAGCAAGUUAAAGUGAAGUGUGAUCAAACAGCAGAACACAUAAAGGUCCAGGCCCGACGCACAGAGAUGCAGAUUAGGAAGCAAUUUAAGAAGCUUCACCAGUUUCUAGAAGAGGAAGAGGAGGCCAGGAUGGCUGCACUGAGGGAGGAACAGAAGCAGAAGAGUCUGAGUAUGAAGGAGAAGAUGGAGGCUCUGAGCAGAGAGAUAGCAGCUCUUUCAGACACAGUCAGAGCCACAGAGGAGCAGCUGAGAGCUGAAGACAUCUCAUUCCUGAUCAACUACAAGGCUGCAGUGGAAAGAGUCCAGCAGCACCCCCUGCUGGAUGAUCCACAGCUGCUCCCAGGAGCUCUGAUAGACGAGGCCAAACACCUGGGCAACCUGAGCUUCAACAUCUGGAACAAGAUGAAGGACAUGGUCUCCUACACUCCUCUGAUUCUGGAUCCAAACACUGCUUAUCUGCAAAACAUCCUGUCUGAAGAUCUGACCAGUGUGAGACGAGGAGAACAACAGCAGCUCCCUGAUAAUCCAGAGAGAUUGGAUUACUACUGUGGUGUCCUGGGCUCUGAGGGCUUUAACUCAGGGACUCACAGCUGGGAUGCCGAUGUUGGAAACAAUACACUCUGGGAACUGGGUGUGUUAGCAGAGUCUGUCCAGAGGAAGGGAAAAAUACGGUCUGGAAUAUGGAGCAUAGUGUUCCAUAACGGUAACUACUUCGCACUGUCACGACCAGAUUCAGACACUGUUCUUGUAUUGCAGAAGAAGCCCCAGAGGGUCCGAGUGACUCUGGACUGGAACAGAGGAAAGCUGUCGUUCUAUGAUCUUGGUACUAACACACACAUACACACCUUCACACACACUUUCACUGAGAGGCUGUUUCCAUUGAUUGACACUAGGGGGGAAGUGAAGGUUUUACCGCUGAAGGUCUGAGUGACUGUAGAACAGAGUUCCCGUGUUCAAUUAUUGGUUAAAAAACACUUUUAAUCAAUAAGUAUUUUGUGUCGAUUGUAAGUUAUUCAUCUUAGCAACAUGAUGUUGCUCUUUCAUUUUACAUUUACAUGCUUCCAUUAGGCCAAAUUAUACAAACCAAUCAAUCAACUAUGCAGACGACAAAUUUGGCUUUUCAGGGAGGUGCGCUCUCUCUUCUAGUUUAAGGUUGUUUUUGUUAAUGUCAAAGUUUAUUCUUUUGAACAGAUCUAUCAGUACAUUCAUUGAGUUUAGGAAAUAUGCUAGCUCUUGGGGGAAUUACUGGAAUUGUUGUUUUUUUGUAAAUUGUAGAGUGUGGUCUAGACCUACUAUAUCUGUAAAGUGAAAGAUAACUCUUCUUAUGAUUUAAUAUUAUUAAAGGUGCAGUAGGUAAGAGUUAUAAAACUAACUUUGUCAUAUUUGCUGAAUCUGACCCUAUGUUCCAGUAG